AUCCACAGUAUAACUGAGUGUAUAACGAAAUAUACACAAAUUCCACAGACAGGGUCCGUGUACUAAUAGGCACUGUGUAUACAAGAGCACAAAUUAAAUAUACAAGUUCAGACUGAACAAGUGCUCGGUGGAGAUAGGAUAUAAAAAAGCCAGAGGCUAUAGAGACACCAAAAUUCAGCACAAAUGGCCUACUAAAGUAACACAGCAAAAGCAUCCAAGCUCUCCAUAAUUCUCCUUUCUCCGUUCUGUUUUCUCCGUUUGACCUGCUUUCAUAGGUCUUAUAUAGCCUGGUGGAAUUGUCUAGAAUAAGAAAAUUCCUGAACACUUGAUGUAAACAAACAGGCACCGAACUGAGCGCAUUCUGGAACUCAGCGUAUGUAAACAGUGGCAAGCUAAAUUUAGAAACUGACGGCAGUCGUGCACAUAACAUAGGCGAAUGAGUGAAUCAGCAUUCAAAUAGUGUACCAUGCUAGAAUAUGAGCUACAUAUAAUCAAAAAGCAUAUUUCACCUGCGCUUUGAAUUGCAACUGUUCGUACAUGUAUAUUCAAAGUGGCGAUCUAAAUGAACACGAUAAAUAUACACCCCUAGCGGCGAGUGGAGCCAAAUUAAAUUAUGAAGCAUAGUGCCAGUGAUUCUGGACACAUUAUCCAUAAUUAUUUUUUAAAAAACCUGUGAUGUUUUGUGCAUGGUCAUUGUGCCUUUUUUCCCAGUCUUUUCCGAGAAAUGUUGUCUACUGGGAUCUUCUGAAGUUCAUAUACAAUUUUCGCCUAAAGAAUUCAAGUCAACAAUGCAUCUAUCCCAAGAGUCUAUCCUAAGAGCCAAAGUAAUUUCCGCCAGUUUUUAAAAUUGGGGUGAAGUAACAGCUAUAGGGCGAUCACGCAUCACCAUCUUCCCAUUUUUUAUUUUCUUUAUUUUGACCACAAUGUUGAACGCAUUUGUUAGCUGAAAAGACCAAACUCUAGUGCAAAGAUAUUUAUUAAAGAUGUAUUACGUCCUCAUUUAUAACAUUAUAGCACAAAGGCAAUGUAUACCAAGUGUUGGUCCCAACAUAUAACUAUUCGUACUCUUUCGUCUGAACUUCAUGUAGUUUUAAAGUUUCGCCCACCUUUAAAAUACAAAAUGAUUGGGCAGGGGAUUAAAGGGAGAUAAUCCAUGUGACCGUACAAUAUUUACCUCCCAUGCAUAGAUCACGUGCUUUUCUUGGAACAAACGACAUUUACUUUCGAUUUCAAACUACAGUUUUAUCAAGUUGCGAUGCAUGGUAUGUGACUACUGUGUCGAAAGAAAUUUCAACAAUGGCUAAAAGCAAACAAAAUCUUAAAGAGGAUCUCACUUGUCCUAUAUGUGUGGGAACAUUCCGGAAGCCUGUAAUGUUGCCUUGUCAACACAGAUUUUGCAGGGAAUGUAUUGGUUUGUAUGCUGACAAGUCCAAGUCUGGACACACAGAUGAGGCCUCCAGCAGCACGGGGAAUGAGGACAUUCAUCAAGUCAUCGCAUGUCCUGUGUGUCGCGAUCUCACUUGUCCUAUAUGUGUGGAAACAUUCCGGAAACCUGUAAUGUUGCCUUGCCAACACAGUUUUUGCAGGGAAUGUAUUGGUUUGUAUACUGACAAGUUUAAGUCUGGACAGGCAGAUGAGGCCUCCAGCAGCACAGGGAAUGAGGACGUUCAUCAAGUCAUCGCAUGUCCUGUGUGUCGCGAUCUCACUUGUCCUCUAUGUGUGGAAACAUUCCACAAACCUGUAGUGUUGCCUUGCCAGCACAGUUUUUGCAGGGAAUGUAUUGGUUUGUAUGCUGACAUGUCUAAGUCUGGACAGACGGAUGAGGCCUCCAGCAACACGGGGAAUGGGGACGUGCAUCAACUGAUAGCAUGCCCUGUGUGUCGGGCACCGACUAGUCUGGGGAGAGAAGGUGUGGCUGGCCUGCCUCCCAACUUUCAUCUGGCAGAUGUUGUGGAGAAGUUCUCAUCUGUUGUAAAGGUUGAGGAUGACAUCCCAUAUUGUUCUGCCUGUGAGGAAAACAAUCAGGCAGAAGCCAUCAAAUUUUGUACAACCUUCUGUAUGCUCUACUGCAAGGUCUGUCUGGCUUUCUUAUCAUCCCAUGAGAGGUGGAUUUAAACAUCGCAGUGUGAUUUCUGCACAAGAGUACUUGGCUCAGAAAGCACCAGAGGCUCAAACGAAAACAGACAAGGAAUGGAAACAUAAAUCAGCAUGUACUAGGUACCAUCAGCCAAUCUGUAUGUACUGUGAGCCUUGCCAAGCAGUGAUGUGUGUCGGCUGUGUGGUGAAGCAUCCUGGGAAUGUUGUGCGAGAUAUCCAGUCUGCAGUAGACAUAGACAAGGUAAGGUAUAGCUCUGAGAUCAAUUGGCCAUGUGAUCUUAAAGUAAUUCUGAAAUCAUAUCCCUCAUUAUGCAAUUAAUAAAGACUAUAAUAUCAUAAAUAAUGCAGAUGUAACCGACAUACCAAUUUUGUGACAAAAGUACUCCGUCAUUCUUGGUAGGGGAUUAUAAGGUUUUGGUUAACUGGUCUUCAUGUUUUUCAUUAUAGCCAGCUGUUGUGACCAAGACUAGUGAACUGGAGGAAGUUUGGGUGCAAAUUGAAGAAUCACUGUCAGUAUUUCUUCACGUGUUUCAUUACAGCCAACUGUUGUGACCAAGACUAGUGAACUGGAGGAAGUUUCGGUGCAAAUUGAAGAACCACUGUCAGCAUUUCUUCACGUUUUUCAUCAUAGCCAGCUGUUGAGACCAAGACUAGUGAACUGGAGGAAGACGUGAAGCAAAUUGAAGAAUCACUGUCAGCAUCUCUUCACGUUUUUCAUUACAGUCAACUGUUGUGACCAAGACUAGUGAACUGGUGGGAGUCUCAGUGCAAACUGAAGAAUCACUGUCAGUAUUUCUUCACGUGUUUCAUUACAGUCAACUGUUGGGACCAAGACUAGUGAACUGGAGGAAGUCUUGAAGCAAAUUGAAGAACCACUGUCAGCAUUUCUUCACAUUUUUCAUUACAGUCAACUGUUGGGACCAAGACUAGUGAACUGGAGGGAAUCUCGGUGCAAAUUGAAGAAUCACUGUCAGUAUUUCUUCACGUUUUUCAUUACAGUCAACUGUUGUGACCAAGACCAGUGAACUGGAGGAAGUCUUGAAGCAAAUUGAAGAAUCACUGUCAGUAUUUCUUCACGUUUUUCAUUACAGUCAACUGUUGUGAACAAGACUAGUGAACUGGAGGAAGUCUCGGUGCAAAUUGAAGUAUCACUGUCAGUAUUUCUUCACGGUUUUCAUUACAGCCAACUGUUGUGACCAAGACUCGUGAACUGGAGAAAACAUUCCACAAACCUGUAGUGUUGCCUUUACAGCACAGUUUUUUGCAGGGAAUGUAUUGGUUUGUAUGCUGACAAGUCUAAGUCUGGACAGACGGAUGAGGCCUCCAGCAGCACGGGGAAUGGGGACGUUCAUCAACUGAUAGCUUGCCCUGUGUGUCGGGCACCGACUAGUCUGGGGAGAGAAGGUGUGGCUGGCCUGCCUGCCUCAGGCCAUCUCAUGUCCUGUGUGUCAAGAUCUCACUUGUCCAAUAUGUGUGGAAACAUUCCACAAACCUGUAGUGUUGCCCUGCCAGCACAGUUUUUCCAGGGAAUGUAUUGGUUUGUAUGCUGACAAGUCCAAGUCUGGACAGACGGAUGAGGCCUCCAGAAGCAUGGGGAAUGGGGACGUGCAUCAACUGAUAGCAUGCCCUGUGUGUCGGGCACCGACUAGUCUGGGGAGAGAAGGUGUGGCUGGCCUGCCUCCCAACUUUCAUCUGGCAGAUGUUGUGGAGAAGUUCUCUUCUGCUGUAAAGGUUGAGGAUGACGUCCCAUAUUGUUCUGCCUGUGAGGAAAACAAUCAGGCAGAAGCCAUCAAAUUUUGUACAACAUUCUGUAUGCUCUACUGCAUCAGGUGCAGUCCUGUCCUGUAUGUCGGGAUCUCACUUGUCCUAUAUGUGUGGAAACAUUCCACAAACCUGUAGUGUUGCCCUGCCAACACAGUUUUUGCAGGGAAUGUAUUGGUUUGUAUGCUGACAAGUCUAAGUCUGGACAGAGGGAUGAGGCCUCCAGCAGCACGGGGAAUGGGGACG